AUGUGUAUCGACACCAUCUUCACCUAUGACUACUGCACCAAAGUCGAAAUCCGCCACCGCAUCUGCACCUUCUUCAUCGACCACACGCACCGCCAACUCGAUUGUCAACCCUGUCCCAACCUCGUCCAAAAGUUCGAGCGCUAUCCCAACAAACGCUGCGAAUGCAAGGUCAACGGCAAGAGAUGCAUUCGCCGUAACUUGGCGCUGGAGAACGACGGCAAUCACCACUGGACUUUUGAGGCCGAUGACAGGAAUGGGAAGUGGAGCAAGCCGGACUCACCUGAGAAGCCGAGGUUUAUGGAUCAGGAGGAGGCGAGGGUUACUCCCCAGAAGCCUGCUAAGAAGCAAAAGAGAGGUCGAUUUAGCGAUGGCGAUGGCGAGGUGGAUGUGGGCUCUGGACGUCUUUCUAGAUCUAGGUCACUCAAUAAUCUGCUCGACCUUGAGCUAGAUGAUGAUAUUCCGCAAGGUUCUGAUAAACAACGUUCUGACAGAAGUUCUGAUGGAAGCCCGGUCAAUCGCAAGUCGAAGGACGUCAAGAUUAAGGAGGAACCUCUUUCGGAUGAGGAGAUGAUUGAUUAAGCCGUGGUAGGACAGUCGGGU